UUAUAUUAUCAUGAUGUUAUAAAUAUAUUCUUUUGUUUUUUAAUAAAAAUAUUUGUUUCAGAUGCACUUAGGAAGUUUUCUUCUUAUAAGAUGGGCUAUGGUACUCGGCUGUUUACAAAAAGCUACAUUUACACUAGUGCCUCCAUGCUUACCUGAGUGUAUUUGCUUAUCUCAGACACAGGUAAUAUGCAAUUCGGGAGGACUACAAGAAAUUCCCAAGAAAAUGCUGCCUCCCUCGGUGGAACAUCUCUCCCUCACCCGCAACCACUUUCUCGUCAUCAAAAGCGACUCUUUCGCGGGACUUCGGUACUUAAGGAAACUUUCGUUGGACGGCAACAACAUUUCCAUUAUAAAGCCCUUCGCCUUCAGAGGAUUACCCCGUCUGAGAGAAUUAUCCAUCCAACAGACUUCUCUGACUACCGUCUCCCAAUUUGCGUUCGCCGGCUUGCAAAAUAUCAGCGCCAUCUAUCUGAGCUACAACAAGAUAAAGAGGAUCGAAUCGUAUGCAUUUGCGGGCACUUCCAAUUUGAAGCUGUUAGUUUUAACGAACAAUCCUUUACACAAGAUCGAACGGCAUGCGUUUAGCGGAUUAAACAACGUGGAAAGAAUUCAUUUACCUUCCGGCAUCCGGUCAAUAGAACCGGAUUCUUUCGAUGGAUUAGACACCGUAGGAUAUAUCAAAUUAGCUUUCAUGGAUCUUCCAGGCCUUUCGGCAGACAUGUUCAAAGGUUUAACUAACAUCGGAGUCCUUUCAAUACAAGAAUCAGACUUGGGUAUAUUGGAAGGCUCGGCCUUUAACGGCAUGUCUUUGAUAAAGAAUUUUAAUAUACUUAAUAAUAAAAUAGAUGCUAUAGAAUAUUUCAAUAUAACCGAAGAACAGAAAAUUACGCAUUUGAAAUUCCAGGGUAAUCAUAUUUUAGAAAUACCUAAAGCGGAUGCUUUACUGAUAGAAGUUGAUAAACUCACUGUGAUAGGGAAUCACUUUCCGUGCAAUUGUCAUAUUCACUCGCUUUUAGAGGGACCUUUAACUAAUGGUAGCAUACCGGAAUUUAUAUCUAAAAAUUUUUGCAUAUCACCUUUAGAAGUUAAUGGUUUACCUAUGAGUAGUUUAGAUGUAGAUACCAUCGGAAGGUGCGAAGAAGAUGUAUCGAAAAGUAACCUAGAAGAUUGCAAGUAUUCUUUAAAUAGAUCCUACAAAUUGUACCAUAAUGAUUUUAAUAGUAUGUGCAUUGUAUUAACCAGUAUACUUAUGCUUAGGUGAAAAUUAAAUUAUUAGCAAUAAAUUGUAAUGUUGUGGAUAGAUGUUUAUCGAAUUUUAUAUAAGAAUAAUUGUAAAUACGUUUUUUGUAAGAAAUGUAGUAUACACAAUAAUACGAGGUUUGUUCAAUAAGUUUAG